CCGAAAUUGAGUAAUCAACUUUCUUACUCCAUUCCUUGCUUCACAACCAGAUUCCCCUUCCUUAUGAUGUUUCAUUCUCUGAGUUGUCCAGGUGUAAUAUGAAACCUGAUUGAUGCAAAAAGGUAGCCAAUUUAGAAUCACAUUCCUUGUUGAAUCUUCAUGAAAUGCCUUUCCUUUUCCUUCCACAAAAGGUCACCUUUUUACCUCUGCUUCCCUUUUUGUCCCUUUAAUAAGCUAAAUAUUGUCCCACAAAAAGACAAGUAACCCCCAAAAAAACUCCAAACUUCCAUCUUUUGGAGAAAUUAAGGAAAACGGAGUAAUAUCAUGGAUUAUGGGAUGGUUUUUGUUAAGAUUUUGUUGGUGUGUUUAGUAGGUGAGUUUGUGAUUGCAGAAGGGUUGGCAGUUAAUUGGGGAACAAGGGCUUCACAUCCUUUGCCACCUGAUAUAGUGGUGAAGUUGAUGAAGGACAAUGGGAUUGAUAAAGUGAAGCUGUUUGAAGUUGUCCCUGAAGCUAUGGAGGCACUUGGGAACUCUGGGAUUCAAGUUAUGGUUGGGAUCCCUAAUGAAUUGUUGGCACCUUUGGCUAGUAGUGUUCGUGUUGCUGAGGAUUGGGUGUCCCAAAAUGUUUCAUCCUAUAUUUCCAGAUAUGGUGUUGAUGUAAGAUAUGUCGCAAUCGGGAAUGAACCUUUCCUCAAAACCUACAAAGACAUGUUCUCAGGAACCAUAUAUCCUGCACUAGAGAACAUCCAAGCUGCCCUGAUCAAAGCAGGAUUAGGCCGACAAGUGAAAGUCACAAUCCCAAUCAAUGCAGAUGUUUAUCAGACAGAAAGCGGGUUGCCAUCAGGAGGCGAUUUUCGACCCGAUAUCCAUGACCUAAUGAUGUCCAUUAUCAAGUUUUUGAAUGAUAAUGGAGCUCCCCUGACUAUUAACAUAUAUCCAUUCCUUAGUCUGUAUGCUGAUCCCCAUUUCCCUGUUGAUUAUGCAUUCUUUGAAGGCUCCGCGGCGCCUGUUGUCGACGGAUCCAUAACUUACACCAAUGUUUUCGAGGCCAACUAUGAUACACUCAUCUGGGCUCUGGAGAAGAAUGGGUUCCCGAAUAUUCCUGUCAUUGUUGGUGAAGUUGGAUGGCCAACUGAUGGUGAUGUCAAUGCAAAUAAAGAGUAUGCCAGGAGAUUCAAUCAAGGCCUGUUGAACCGAAUCAUUCAAAACCGAGGGACCCCAAAGAGGCCAAGCCCUGCUCCUGAUAUUUAUUUGUUUGGACUCAUUGAUGAAGAUGCUAAGAGCAUUCAGCCAGGGAAUUUCGAAAGGCAUUGGGGCAUAUUCUACUAUGAUGGCAGCAUAAAGUAUCCCUUGAAUUUGGGUAACAAUCGGAAUCUCACGUACGCAAAAGGCGUUAAGUAUCUGUCCAGACAAUGGUGUGUGAUGAGGCCUGAUGCUGACCUUUCUGAUCCUAAUUUGCCUCAGAGUAUAGACAAAGCUUGUAGCUAUGCAGAUUGCACUAGUCUUGGAUAUGGUUCCUCCUGUGGCGGGUUGGAUGUUCGCGGAAAUGCUUCGUACGCGUUCAAUAUGUUUUAUCAGACAGCAAAUCAGCAGAAAGGGUCUUGUGAUCAGUUCUUCAAUUUGUCAGUGAUUACUAACAUUGAUCCAUCCCCAUCCGGAAGUUCUUGUAAAUAUGAGAUCAUGAUUGACACUGGAAGGCAUGAGGUCGCCCGAAAGCCAACAACUUCAUCGGGAUCAAAUACGAGUAGUUCGAUCCUAACUAUGAUGUUGUUGCUUCUCCCUGGACUGAUCUUGAAGAAUUUCAGCUAGCUAGUUUUGUUUGAUGGACCUAGUUGCUGCUAUGUUUCAUGGUCUUUUGGGGAAGUGACAAGGUUGUGCUACUUGAGAAUUUGCAUAUUCUUUGCCCAAACUAUAGUUUUAGCCAAUGUCGUUGUUGUUCUGCUGUCUUACACUUGUACAUACUCAGAUUUGUAGCUUUUGUCUCACCAUUAAAAUUGAUGCUUUUACUGUUACCCAACCUUGUUUGCAAUUCCAAAU